AUGCCGACAAAUUCCGCUAGUGCUUACAAUAAUAGUGUUAAAGACGGUACAGGAAGAGCCAAUAUAGCGGCAGGAUCUAACAAUAAAAGGUCUUCAUGUCCUCCAAAACGCAAAUCAACGCUCAAAGAUUCAUCCGAUGAAAAAUUAGAACUGGAAAAAAUCGAAUGGGAAAAGAAUAUUGAGAUUCCCCCGUCAAUAUGGGAGGAAACUCUGCGUCUGUUCGAAGUUGUGAAACAAUCGAAAGAGAUGAAAAAUCGACAGCCGCACCGUCGACGUAAUCAUAUUCUCGCUUCGAUCCUGUUAAUUUUGUGUCGACAACACGGACUUCCGCGAACUUUUGUUGAGAUUUGUAACGCAGCUGGAGUCAGAAAACAGGAAAUCGGUACCUAUUAUCGACUGAUGCUUAAAGUCUUUGAAAAUAAUGGAUUGUGUACCGGAAUGAAUGGGCCUUCUUUAAGAAUGGUUGAUUCUGCCAAGUUCUUGAAACGUUGGUGUCAGAACUUGAAACUACCCGAUCACAUUCUUGAAGCAUCAAUUCACGUCUACAAACAAGCCAGUUCACUAAACAUCACCACCGGUAAAUGUCCCGUAUCAGUAGGAGCCGCGUCAAUCUGGCUUGCCAUCACCACGUGGAAUACCACAAACGACAAAAACCUAAUCUCAUGUGAACACAGAGAUGUUGCUGCAGUUGCUGGAGUCGUGAAUGCGACGCUUGUUGGUUGUUUCAAGAAUCUAUUGAAAUAUAAAGAUGACUUGUUGCCUCCCGAGUUCUCGAAAGAAGCUAAAUUGCAGCUGAUUAUGGAUGGAAAAAAAGAUGAAGAAACACCUUGUUGA